UGUCAUGAUGUUAUGUGCCGAGAAGGUGAAAUAUGUCGAGAUGGAGAAUGUACGAAACUCGUGGACACUUUCUGUUUGAGCCACGUGGAUUGCGGUCCGGACAUGGACUGCUUCUCGAAUCACUGCCGUAUCAGGCCAUCGCCACCGAUUUGCAGUUGCCAGCCUCACGAAAUCUGCCACCAUGGACAGUGCUAUCCCAACGCAGAAUGCACUUCGAUGUAUUGUGGCAAAGGCUCGUAUUGCGUGAACGGGAAAUGUGUCAAUGCGAUUGGUGUGGAUUGCACUAACGACAUUUGCCGUGGUGGCACCGUCUGUAUAAAUUCGGUCUGUGUGAUGGAUCCUUGCCCUGGCAGAUGUCCACCGGAUCAAUCGUGCCGCCUUGGUGAGUGCCGCAUCAUGGAGGGAACACCCUGUGUGACAGAAUGUGCCGGUCCGUUCACGUGUAUCGAUGGGCGAUGCAGAAGAAACGACUGUGCGAAACGUGUCUGUCAGCUUGGAGAGGCUUGCGAGGGAGGACAGUGCAACCGAGUGGCUGGCCGUUUCUGCACAUGGGCACCCCGUGACUGCGGUGAGGCCUUCGACUGCAAGGAGAACCAGUGCGUUGAUCGGCUCACUCCUGUCACCUCAGCACUGCCACAACAGGACAAUAGACUUCCGAACUAG